GUCCUGUUGGAUAAUCUCCUGAGAGCCUCAUCCGUGAGGUUCAUCCAGCAGAGCCUGCUCCUCCGCUCCCACACUGGACCGCAUCGGCAGCGUAACAACUAUACCUCAGUUGUGUCUGUGCCGUUUCAACUGUAAAGAGCUUCCUCUGUGUUCCAUCAGCAGGAAGAGAAGACAGACCUUGAACGCACCUCGUCAUGAACUGGGCAUUCCUCCAGGGCCUCCUCAGUGGGGUGAACAAGUACUCCACCGCCUUCGGCCGAGUUUGGCUCUCUGUCGUUUUCCUCUUUCGGGUCAUGGUGUUCGUGGUCGCGGCGGAGAAGGUGUGGGGCGACGAGCAGAAAGACUUCAAAUGCAACACGAUUCAGCCCGGCUGCCACAACGUCUGCUACGACCACUUCUUCCCCGUCUCCCACGUCCGGCUGUGGGCCCUGCAGCUCAUCUUCGUCACCUGCCCCUCUCUGCUGGUGGUGAUGCACGUGGCGUACAGGGAAGACCGGGAACGGAAACACCGGCUCAAGAACGGCGAGAACUGCCGCCGCCUCUACAAGAACACGGGCAAGAAGCGCGGCGGCCUGUGGUGGACCUACGUCCUCACUCUGGUCUUCAAAAUCGCCGUGGACACCACCUUCGUCUACCUCGUGUACCACAUCUACGAGGGCUACGACUUCCCCUCGCUCAUCAAGUGCGAACAGAAGCCGUGCCCCAACAAGGUGGACUGCUUCAUCGCCCGGCCCACCGAGAAGCGGAUCUUCACCAUCUUCAUGGUGGUCACCAGCCUGGCCUGCAUCCUCCUCUCCAUUUUUGAAAUCGUCUACUUGGUGGGCAAACGCUGCCGCGAAUGCUUCACGGCUCUCCACCGCUCUCGCCACCCCAUGACCAACACGAACACGCUGUCCAGUGCAGUCCCCCUGAUGGAGUCCAACACGCUCAUGGUGCCAAAGAUCGCCCCCGAUACGCCUGCUCCUUCAUACAGCGUCGCCAUAUCCUGAGGUCCUCAGAGUGAAGGCAAAGACUUGAUGAAAAACUAUGUUGUGGCAAAGGACAUAUGCCCCCCCCCCCCCCCCUUCACAGGGGCCUUCCUUAAAAGACUCGUCAGCAGACAUUUGAAUGCUCAGAGACUACAAUAGAGUCCGAAUGUUACUGUGUUCACAUGUUUAAAAAUUAGAACUCCUGGACCACAGGAGACAUGUGUCAUUGAUCUGGAAUGUGCUCACUGUGGUGGGGUUCAGUCUUUAUAGAGAUUUAUUUUCCUUUUCCUUUUCCUUUUUUCUCCAAACGAUUCAAAUUUGGCCUUGAGACCAAUCACAUGAGUCACUGCGUAGUUUGGAGUUAGUUUUACAAACACAUGUGGUAAAGUUUUCCUUCUGCUGCGUGCCCAACCUCGAAACGCUCAGUCCACGCUGCACUCCAUCUUUGUUCCCCUUCGCUCACUCCUCCACGUCUCACUCUUUUUGUGAAUACUGUAAUUUAUCAAAAGGUCUGAAAGAUUGCGCCGUCCUGUAUGUUAUUGUUGUGACUUGUGUGAAACUGCUUCCUGUACACAGGCGGAAGAGAGCUAUGAAGUCCAAACACACAGUUGUUUUAUAAUAUCGGGAGGUUCAUUCUUCACACUGCCAAACUGCAGUGUGGCUGCAUAGUUGUUAAUAAUAUUUUACAUUAAAGAUGAUGAUUUUCA